AUGUCGAAUCCAAACCCUGGUGGAGCGCCGGGGAUUGAACAGCCUUCUCCCUCCCGCAGAGGAAAGGACAUCCAACCUCCGAGCCGCAGCUCGAGUCUCCGCUUUUCCGCAGGGUCGGCGGGGUCUCCUGGUAAACCAAAGCCGUUGAUGCCGAAUUCUGCUGAUACGCAUGAACACGUUGAAGAUCAAACUCAGAUUGCUACCUCGCACGCGAGGGAGCCUCCUAUUAUUGACUCGGAGACUAAUGCUGAUACCUCCGCUCUGGACGAGUUUCUGCAUCAGUCUUCCCAGACCGCGGCCCUGAAGAAGAAAAUUCAUGAAGAGAAGCAGGCCAUUGCCGAGCAGCUCGCAGCUCGAUUCUCUCGAACUUCUCUUGAUAACGACGCCAGCGGUCCCUCCACUGAGAACAAAGAUGUCACAAAGAGAGUAGUUGACCCAGAGCAUGCUCAUCAUGAAUUGCCCUUCAGCAUUGAAGCUGAAGCGGCAGAUGCUGCAUCAAGCCUGCUCGCUCUUGCGCAUGCUAGACCUCAAACUCCUGAAGACACUCUUCAUCCUGACCAAGAUGCAGUCAUACGCUGGUCUCGCCCCGGAGCUCACCAUGCCGAGCGCGACGAUGAUCUAGCCAUCAAUGCCGAAAACGAGGAUGAAGAUGAGUUUGGGCCAUUGUCCUCAACCCACGCUCACACUUCCCCAGCUGCGCGUUUAUUGAAGCGUACCGAAUCAGGGCGCAAUCGUCGUGACGGACGGUAUUUUCCUUCGCCGAUUCCCAGACGCCAUAACCCGGCUCCUUCGACCGCCUCGAGUGUUUACCCUCCAGUCUUCAACAGGACCGAAGUCGCGCCGAUCUUUGCAUACCUCGAUCAUCCUUCUGGAAAUAACCUCGCCGGUGAACUCAGCAGUGCCAAUCUCCAAGGCCUCGCUGUUCUCGCAGAAGACCCAGACCCCAUCGGCUCUCAUGAGACGCUUGGAGGCCCUAGAGACUCAGAUACCUCAAGCAGCUUCCACGGCACGUCUGGCAAUUUGGAUCCAGCGUAUGAGCUGCAACCCUCGAAUCCUUUUAUCGAUGCUGCUCCCGGCUUGGAUCCCUUUCAAGGUUCUCUUCAGAAUACCACGAGCGGAAACCUGUUCACCGCGUACCGGGCCGCCCAGGCUGAAGGACGCGUUGUGGGUGAACUCACUUCUGAGACUGAAUCUCAAUCCCCAUCUGACGCCAAUUCUGCUCACUCCAGUCAGAUUCAUCAUGAAUCUCAAGACCUAGUCAAUUUUCCCCAUGCCGCUUUGGCCGUCCAGGCCUUUCCCGCGCCUGACUCCGACCUGGAGCCCUUCCCCGCUUUUGAAGAUGAGGAGCCCCAGCCUUCCCUUCCCCCACUCAAUCCCGUCUCACCUCUCAUUGAUCCUCUGCAGAUGCACCCCGUCACUCCUGAAGAUCUUGAGCACCUCCCUGCGUCAUACUGGGAAUCCAUUGCUCGUGAGGCCCAAGAGGACCUUGACAAAGAAGCAGCGGAGAAGCAGGAGGACGAAGAAAUAGAACCCACUACUGCAGAGCCCGGCGGCGCGUUCAAGAAGUCAGGAAAUCCUGGCAAGAAAGGCCUCAGGAAGCGUGUCACCUUUAAGGAGGACGAGCUACGCGAAUAUGCGAGCCGCAGGAAUAAGAAGGGAAACCUCUUUGAGGAGCUCAAAGUCUGGGUCAAUCGCCAGAUUAUGAAAGCCAAGACUCGAAAGUCGUGGACCGGUCUGGUGAGCUCCAAGCGCGCGAGAAGAAACAUUGCGUUUAAUGAGUUUUGA